UGCUGAUCAGAAAAUAUAUUCGAUCUGUUACUACAAGGACCACUCAAGGUAGACGACACAAUUGUUUACUGAGAAAAGAUUGCGUACAACACUAGCGGCAACUUGACAUUGACAGUUAGAUUUAUACAUUGCACCUCCAACACCAUCUGCGUGCCAUAUGAAUGCUAGAACAAGGGUAUCUCCGUAUAGAGUGUGCAACAACAACAACAACAGUCAGUAAUUGUUCCUAAAACUCUUUGGGCUAUUCUCUGAUGAAUCAUAGAAGCGGCUGAAUUACACAGGUUAUAUCUCCAUUAUCCUGGAUGUAGUCAUAAUAGUAGUACGCUUAGUAGCAGAGCUUUCAAUAUGUUUUCAACAAAUGACAGAAGGUCUAUUCGGGCUAGCUAAAAGAAGCGUUUACUUUCAUUUAGUCAAAACACCGAUUACGGGUAGGCGGACGAGCAAUUAAACGCUCCAACAAGCAAAAAUGACGUUACGGAAUCUAAACAGACCGUGCCUAACUUUGCAUCUGGCUGUGUGUGCGCAUGUGCCCAUUUGCAGCUUUAUGUGAGCGUGUAACCCUCUGCGUUCGUCUGUGGAAAGCAAGCCACCCGCACAGAUACUCUCACUACAUGAACUUCGGCAGUCAUCUAUCUAGCCAGUCAAUGGUGGAUCGGUUGCUUAGAUGGUCGGUCGAUUGAGUGACCAGUUCGUGUGUCAUUCGAUGAGUCAAGGUGUCGCUCUGCACAAGCCACUGCGUUCGACCGCACAUUGUCGAGGUAUAUUGAUUAUAUCUAUUUAGGGCUCAACGGAUACAAGCGUGAUUGGCCAGAUCACUAACUGUCAUCAAAUUUGAAUGCACUGCUGUUGUAGUAUCAAAUGAUUAUCUUCACCUGAACGAUCCAGUGAGUGCGUCGAACAAAGAGGUUACAUAGAUAAUAGUCGAUCUUAUCUAUGGAACAUAAUUUUCGGAUUGGACGGCAAAAAAGCGUACUAGUAGUAUAAUCUGCUCUAAAAGUAUGUGGAAGACUACGAGCAAUCGACCUACCUUAAAAGUGAUAGCGGUCUGAUCGAACAAGUCUAUCUCCGUUUCGUUAGUCGACCGUUCGAUAGAACAAAGGCGGGUUGUGUUGGACGGUGAUGCAGCCUGGCUCUUGACGUGCUCUAUCAUUGAAGUCAAUACUGCGCUCGCUAGAUUUGUAAGCAACAGGUGCUUAUUUUCGUGGUUAGUGAGGACAAAAUCUAGCGUUUUUCGGUGUUGUGGUAGAGGUACGUGGCGGUGUAUGAUCGUCGUGUGAAAUUAGCUGUGCAAGAGAAACUCAAUUUGCACAGCCAUCGUCGUACAGAGUGUGUGACGGUUAGUAGCGGAAACAGCUCGAGAAAACGUGAGAUUUUCGCCGUCAGUAGGUUGAUGCUUCAAAGCGACUAUGGUCUUAGUCAAUCAGACAUCUGCAAUGAGCUCGAGCUCAUCUGCUCGCAGCUCGAAUGUCAACGUUGUCGGGAUCCUCCAGGAUGACAACGUUGAAGAGAUAUAUUUAGAAGUAUCUGUGAUAAAUCCAAUUACCCGAAAGGAGGGCGAUGGCGAGUUGGUCACAACCUACGCCAUUUAUAUUGAGACCAAUGAUUCGGCUUUUACAAUGUCGAGAUCGAUGGUACGUCGGCGCUACUCCGAAUUCGUGGUUCUUCGGUCCAUCCUUCAGGAGCAACAUCCUUCUCUCACCGUUCCCCGCCUACCCGGGAGGACACUCCUGGGAAAGCGAUUCGAUCAGCGUUUUAUACAAGAGAGAUGUAGUGGUUUGCAGUCAUUUCUGAAGGCGAUUGUCGAACAGCCCGUGUACUUAUCAAACAAGAGCCUUCACCUGUUUUUGCAGACGUCGCUAACGAUGGAGCAGAUACAAAAUGUUGUGAACGGCUGUGAGUCCUUUGAGCUGCCGCACAACAACUCGUCGCCGUUUGUACUUUAUCCUGUCGACAGUAAAACGCCCAGUCAAGGAGGUCGUGUCGGGAUUCUCAAGCGGGAGGCCUGCUCAUCGCUAGCUUCCUGUCCUGAACAUGAAUGUCAGGCCCAGGGUAAACAUCAACAUAUGCGGGUGGGAUCAGGCAUUGUGGUUUGCCCGUACGCAAGCGUGGAUCAAGCCGGCACCCCGACCGUCCGGACUAUGGCCGGCAGUGCUCCGUUCAAUAUACCAGCAGGAUCGCCGAAACCUUUAGCUGUGAGUGCUUUGCGCAGUUGUGCUAGUGAUACAUGCCUCGAUGGAACAGCCACAGGAACAAGUUCUCUUGCCGGAAGCAAGAAACGAGUGUCCUUCUUCAUUGAAAACAAAAACAGGCAAUCGCUGCUCCGACGAUGCGAUGGGAAUCACAAGGACACCGGUACGGAGGCCAGAACUGCAGCAGGCCGACCACAAAGUGAACAACAACCAUGCCAGAACGGAAAGAGUUGGACUCCUGCCAUUAGCAUUCUAACUGAGCAAUCUCGACAGGAUAGUGAUAUCAGACAAGACCAUAACAGACCGGACUAUGGACGGACUGCACUCGAUAAUGAACCAAAGGACGAGCCUGUCGUGACAAGUGACAGUGAAGAAACUGAAAACAACAAUGCUCUUAGCGACACAACCCUUAAGGUUGUGGCUUCGGAUGCGUGCAGUGACAAUAGUAACUGCGAAACCUGUAUACAGAUCGUGGCCACUGGUGUAAUGGAAAACGUAACAGGCGUCGCCGAUAUCGCGCUCGAUGUUGCGCCUGCAUCGGUCACAGUACAAAAUAUCGUGGGUUGAUCUGAAGAUUGUCGACGGUAAAAGUGUACAAUUGUAGGUAAGCAUUGCAUGCGAAAAAACACAGCUGCAUUCCUUUGCGGAAGCCCCGAAGAAAUAACGUUGUAAUAAUAACGUCAAUAUAUAAACCAUAUCAAAGUUCAGUUGAAAAGUUAAUUAAGAACAUAAGGUAUCAAGGUCACCCACUCUUUGUCAAUACUAUAUAUACAUAAAACAUAGAUACAGUAUGUCGAAUAAUACGACUGUGUAGUAGAUACGAUGGCAUGAGUGUAGUGACUGUAUAUAAACUUGUAUGAUUAGUGUGCAUGCGAGUCAAUAUGACUGCAAACUAGGUAGAAGCUCAUAUAUAUAUAUAUUAUAUUAUAUAUUAUAUAUAUAUAUUAGAAUAACAAUGAAUUCUGUCAAGAGGAAGACUGUACGAGUUGGCGUUUACGAU